AUGGCAUUUCUAUAUGUAGAUAGUUUAGCCAAGAACAAGAGUAGAUUUGUACAAAUCUCAUGCAAAUUCCUAGAGCUUCUCCUCCUCUCAAUGGGCCUCGUCUCCACCAUCCUUUCCCUCAAAGACGCGUUGAAUCUUCCUCAGUCUUGCAAAACAAUUUUCUUAACCGCCACCGAUUUCUGGAGCUCCAUCAAAUGCUUCUUAUCCUCUCAUCCCACCACCAUCACCGUUGUCGCCAUCAACCUCAUGAUCAUCCUCAUAAUCGCCUCCUCCCGCCGCCACCACCACCCAGAAACCACCACCAGCAACUAUGUUCUCGGCCAUGUUGGUAUUGAUAUAGUUAGAUUUGAUAUUGAUCUUGAAUUCCAAAUUGACCAUGAUCAUGAUUUUGAUCCUGGUCCUGAUCAAUCACCCUUAAUUCUUGAACCGCCGCCGCUCCCGCAGCCAUCUGCGCCGCCGAUUUGGGACGUCAUCGAAGUAAGUCCACUUCAGCCGCCGCCAUCUGACGUGGCACAGCCAAUCCCCAUCAGAGACAGCAACUCGACAAAUUGGUACGACGAUGAUGUCUCAAAUCAUGACGGGUUACAAACACAUCUCAUAUCAGAUGUGCAGUCGACAGUCCUAACAAGUAGUACUAGCACAGUAGCAACGAUUGAAAAAUGGAAGGAUGCGCUGAUCAUCGAAAAGGAGGCGGAGGAGAGAGAAGCGACGGAUCAAGAAGAGGACAACACGAUUGAUGCCACGUGGGAGGCGAUCAUUGGGGGAGCGAAGCCGAAGCCGAAGCCGAAGCCGAAGCCAAAGCCGAAUACGAAGCCGAAGCAGAAGAAAAAAGGACUGAAGAAGAGCGAGAAGUGGGAGGAGGCGGCGCAGCAGCGGCCAAGGCGGCUGGACUCGGAGGAGGUGGUGCCGACGUCGCCAAAGUGGAGGGAGCUGAGGAAGGCGGAGACGUUCAACGACGCGGUGUCGGCGACGAGGAGAGGAGGGCUGGUGAGGAGAGAUCCGUCGAUGAGUCUCGAGGAGUUUAAUCAGAAGGUGGAUAGAUUCAUCAAGAAUUUCAACGACGGAAUGAGGCUGCAAAGGCAGGAAUCUUACCAGAGAUCAUUGGUAGAGGCAGUACCCCGAUACUGA